AUGAUAGUGGCUACUUACGGGUGUUAUUGUGGAUCUCCUCCCACUUGCUGGCGAAAGGCUCUCAGCUCCCGCAUGCAUGUGGUCCUUUUCAGAGAAUAUGGGAUGUCAUCUUGUCUAGGCGUAUCGCUUCAAUCCAAAAACGCCGAAGAAGAUCAGCCACUUACAGUGAUCACCCUCGCCCAACGUCCCGUUCUUCGUACGUGGCGACUCACUUCUGCUGGAUUGGUGGAACUAACCGAAGAGAACAGAGCUCAGAUGGGGGCGUUCCUUGACAAACCGAAGACAGCAAAAACAAAUUGCUCAGGACAGGGAAAUGGUCUCCGCUAUGCCAUGGCGAGCAUGCAGGGUUGGAGAGUCGACAUGGAAGACGCUCACGUUGUCGAGGUAUCAAUGGCGGACCGCGAACCCUACAAAGACUGGUCGUUCUUCGCUGUUUUCGAUGGACAUGCUGGAAAUGUGGCUGCAGAUGAUGCCGCAGAGAACAUAAUGAAGACUCUUAUGGAGACUCCUCAGUUUGAGAAGGUUACCGAAGAGCUGAGAGCAAAUGGUGGUAUUCUUUGUGAAAAGUCUAUAGCUCUGCUAGAAGAUGGAAUAAAGGCAGGAUUCCUCAGUUUGGAUGAAAACAUCCGAACGAGGCUUGACUCGGAUCGCAGUGGUUCAACAGCUGUUUGUGCCAUGAUCACUCCAACACAUAUAAUCAUCGCAAACCUCGGAGAUUCUCGUGCCGUGGUUUCUCGCAAAGAUGAAGGCUCCUUUGGGACAGAAGAUCACAAGCCUUAUCAUGACAAAGAGCGUGAAAGAAUCGUUGGUGCUGGUGGAUCGGUCAUGAUUCAAAGGAUCAAUGGUAGUUUGGCAGUGAGCAGGGCUUUUGGAGAUUUUGAGUACAAGAAUGUGCCUGGUUUAGAACCAAACAAGCAGCUGGUAUCUCCGGAACCAGAUGUUUACGUGUUGGAGAGACAAAAGGACAAAGACGAGUUCCUUGUGGUAGCAUGUGAUGGAGUUUACGACGUAAUGGAAAAUGAAGAGUUAUGUCGUUUUGUCGAAAGCCGACUUCAUGUCUGUGAUGAUCUAAAUCAAGUUUGCAACGAUGUGUUGGAUGCAUGUUUGAGCAAAGGUUCGCGGGAUAACAUGACAAUGAUUGUGGUAUGUUUCGAUGCUGCUCCAUCAAUAGACAAGGAAAAGGUCGCUUCUGAAGCGACAUGGAAAGCACAGAUGCUCACUGCUAUUAAUGAUGUGAUAGUGGAGGAAACGUCGAAGUCGAGUUGGAGUCCAGAUGAUGAAAUGAGCGUUGAAUUUGUAUUACGAGAGUUGGCUCAAAGAGUUUCUUUGAACAGCGGAGGCCCAAUGCACAUGCUUCGUUCGCUAGCUGACCAAGCUUUGACGGAGAAAGGAAUCAAGCACGAAUAA